AGGUCCCGGGUCUAGUCUAUUCUACAUAUUUAUCACCCUAAAUUACUCCUCAACUACCCACAGUUCUUCUUUCUUCGCCAUAGCUCAACCUUCACCUCUUCAUCUGCUUCAAAACUCCAUUUUCUAGAACCUUCUCGGCUCUCAAAAUCGGAGUUCACUGCUAGCUUCAUCUCCAUUGUUGAUACUAGAACAAGAGAAAUGAAAACGAAGGACAAUGGAAAUGUUAUUUGCAGCCUACUGGGUCUACCCAAGAAAAAACUUCAGGACUUGUGCAGGAAACACGGGUUAUCUCCUUAUAAGACAAAGCCCAAUCUUGCGAGUUCUUUGGUCCCUUACAUCAAGGGAGCAGAUGAGCUUUUAGUUAAAGAGAUGAAGACAAAGGACAAUGGAAAUUCCAUAAACAGGCUACCUAAGAAAGAGCUUCAAGAUUUGUGCAGGAAACACGGUUUAUCUCCUUAUAAGACAAAGCCUAAUCUUGUAAAUUCUUUGAUCACUUACGUCAAGGGAGCGGAGAGUUUUUCCUUCAAAGAGAUGAAGACAAAGGACAAUGGAAAUUCCAUUUACAGCCUACACAAGAAAAAACUUCAAGAACUGUGCAAGAAGUAUGGUUUGUCUCCUCAUAAGACAAAACCCGAUCUCGUGAAUUCCCUGGUCAAUUACUUCAAGAUAGCAGAUACAGAGACUUCUAAAGGCAAAGGGUACAACAUUCUAAAUUCUUGUGGUGUGAAGAGCGCAACCGGAGAGAUAUUGUUUUCAAGAUUCAUCCCUCAUAGUGAUGAGAAAGGUUUCAAUCAAGGACUUCACAGUUCACAAACAAGUUUUUCCAAGAAUGCAUUUGCUUCUGAUGUUACUUCGAUGCAUGCACCUUCUUUUGAGUUUUCUGUCUCAUCAGAAGAUGGAAUCAACCUUUAUAUUGACUUGAAUUCAUGCCCAACAGACACUUUUAAAAGAUUGGAAAAGAAGGUGUGUGUAUGUCACAAUCUGCAGAAUCACAAAUUUCAAAGUUUCUGUCAGGAGAUUCAAUACCUAGGAAAUAACAGACAGAUGACAAGUUCAUUCCUCUGGAGAACAGAUUCAGACAAUAGAUUUAACAGCAGCCAUGCACAAACUUUUUCUUCUGCAGGUUUAUGUAGUACUGUUGAUGUUGUAUGUCACACAGAAAAUACAAACGCGUCUUUGGGUUUUUCAGCAACGACAAAAUCAUGUGAUGGUUCUGUAAAAACUUUAACACAUUCAGAAGGAAAAAAGGGAAGUCCAUCUUCAUUUAGAACCAUUUGUGGUGUACAGAACAUGAAUAUCACUGAUGUAAAUACUUGUAUGGGAGAGGAAGAGAUAACAUGUGUGGGUCUGAAUACCUUUCAAGCUUCAAAGAAAUCAAUGGCUAUUAAUAGAACUGUCAAUGUUGAGGCUUAUAACCCAGAAAACACUACAGAGGUCUUAGAUGCUAGGCUAUGUAAAUCUUUGCAUGCAUCGUUGGAGAAAGUAGCGAUUAGUUCCCCUGCAGAUGUGCCAGAGCUAAAACAUAAUAAAAGUGAAAAUCAGAAUAUGAGGCUAGAUGUAAGUUGUCUCAAUUCUGAAAGGCAGAGAAAUUGUGUACCAGAGAAGCUUAUAGUGCUAUCUCAUAUCUCUUCAGAAACUGAUUUUACUGAGAUAGAGGCUACAAAUAUUGGCAGUCAUCAUCAACAUUCAUCAUAUUCUUCUUCUGGAAAAGAUUGCCUUAGACAUUUGAGUGAUGCAGCAGAGAGCCUCAAAAGUCUGCCCUAUUCUAGUGAGGAUACCUGUGGCAUUUACCUGGAUGACACUCCAUCUGCUGCUGGCGGGGCAAGGGCCAGCCAUGCCGACAGAACAGAUACUUCUAAAGAGCUUUUGAAGAAGCAGAAGGAGCAAUUAUCCCAUGGAGGGAAAAAGAGAGAGAGGCAUGACGGUGAAUCCGAUAAUGUUCAUCAUUGUAAUGAUGGGAGAAUUUUGAGAAGUGCAACGCGUCUACAAAAUCUUCCCAGAAGAUCUAUUCGGCUUGUCUCUAAGCGACUGGCGGAAUGUAAUUCCUAAGUGUUAAAGAGAUCUGCCUAUGUAAAGAUUAAGCUCAGUACUGGUUUACAACAUACAUGUUCUUGUAAGUACAAAUCCUGAAAUUCAUCUUCGAGUAGUUCACUAGGAGGUUCCUUUAUUCUGUAUUCAACAACAUACUCACUGUAAUCCCACAAGUGGGGACUGGGGAAGGUAGGAUGUACGCAAACCUUAUCUCUAUUCUGUAUGCAAGAAGAAAAAUUUAUUUUGAGGUCAGGUCAAGUUGUUUAACGUUAUCUAUUUUUCAUUCUGCUAAAUGACAUUUUUAUUUUGCCCAUCUUUUCUUUGUUAUGCCUUUUUUUAAAACUUUGCACACUUUGUUGUUUGUUCUAAACCAGUUUGUGUCACUCAAUCGGAACUCUGCGGCUUCAAAUUAAGAGAGGAAUGGACACCUCCAGUUUCCCCGAA